GUUUGAUUUGAUUUUAGGUCAAUUUCAUUCCAUUUUUUUCUUGUUUGUAUAAAAGAACUUUUUGACUAACAAGGAAUUCUCUCCUCCAAAUACCUAUACGUUGAUUAGGUUAUCUUCCCUUGAAGAUCUGUUCUGCACGGAAAAUGAUGUUCUGCCAUACAUUUUCACUGAAAAUGUGUGUAUCCGUAUCAAGGUAUGGGGUUUCUAUCUAUUUGGUCAGUGGUGAUGUGAUUGAUAAGAAGGAAGUGGCUUUCUCACAAUCAGAUGGCAUCGCUCCAUUAUUUGUGUUACUAGGAAAUUCUCUUCUAGGUAGUGUAUUUGAUGAAUGGUGAUGUGAUUGAUACCAAUUGAUUGAUAACUUCUUAGUGAUUUAUUUGCAUCUUGAAGAAACCUUUUGUUAAUCACGUCAUUUGCAUUUGAAUUCUUUAUUGGUUAUGCAAAGAGUGCUGUAUAUUUCCCAUGUUGCAUAGAAGUAGAGCUGAUUGUUAUGAAUUCUUGUUCUUCUUUGAUAAAGGAAUAUGCUUUUGCCACUCCCAUUCAAGUUUUUCAUUCCGAAUUCCAUUCUGUCCUAUUCAUGUCUUGACAGAAAUUGAUGUAUAACCUGCUGGUCAUUUAUUUAUUUUUUAAGUUCAACUGAAUUGCAUUACAUUUUUUUGGUGUUUGUGAAAAAAAAUUAGAUAUCAACUGGUCUUCCCAUGAAAAUGUUUACUGCACACAUAAUAAGGUUGUGCUAUAUAUUCUUCAUUGGAAAUUUUGGAAUUAGUAUCAAGGUAUGAGGUUUCAAUCUCACCUAUUUCUUGAAUGUUGAUGUGAUUGACAGAUUUUUAUUGAUGUUUGUCUAUACUUUCUUUUCCCAUUGAUUUCCUGUUUCCAAUGUAUCCCUACCUAAGACAUUUACCAACUCUCAUGGCCAUGAGUAGAAUCAUUGUUUGGGGUAGUUGAUGAUUGUCUUCCCUAUGGUGUAAUGACAUGUAGGUGCACUGUAGUAGGUAUGGUGUGAUAUCUCAUUUUUUGCUCCCUAUUUCUUGAUUUCUUGAAAGUUUCACUUGUUUUUCCUUUUUUUGUGUUGGUUCACGUUUUGCUCUUAUGAUUAGUUGUCUCUAUGCCAUUGAAUGGAGAUGCAUAUGGACUCAGAUUUUGUUUUCCCUCCAUUUUCAUCCUCAAUUUGAAUUCAAAAAGGUCAAGUAGACCUUCAAAAUGUGAUGUAUGCCACUCAAAUGUUAUUUAAUCUGAUCUUCCUGAAGUUGUUGAGUUCAGGCAGAGGUUAGGAUGGUUUAUUUUGUUGAUUUUUAUUGUAUUCUUUAUUUACAGCCAAUCUGGGGUAACAAGUACAAGUAUUUGCAUAAUUUUUUUCUUUUAGUAUGAUUGAGCAAGGUGUGAAUGGUACCCAGCCACUGUUUAUUACAAAUGAGGGUAAAGUUGUGUCCUUGGAAGAUGAUUUCAUGCGUUUAACUAGAAAAUGCACCAUUGAAGAGCUUUAAAAUAACAAUCAGGUUGUCUUCUUUUGAGUUAGUUGUGUUUAUGUUUAUUUUAUGCACAAAUGAACUGAAAAAAAAAUCAAAACAAUUUCCAGAUUUGAUUUUUCAUUCAUAUUGUUAACAAAUUCUGAAAUGCCAUUUGGAUAGGAGGGUUCUUUUAUCAUUUUUGGUACAAUCCAAGGUAUUGUUGAAGAUGGAGGCUGGUGGUAUUCUGCUUGUGUGUGUGGAAAGGGUAUUUAUCCUUAGAAUGGUGUAUAUUACUGUGAUUUCUGUUUGAAGCAUAUAACUAAUGUCAUUUCAAGGUCAGCAAUUUUGUUCAAAAUGUAUUUUUAUUUUGUCUUGUGGAUUGUUUGUAAAAAUAAUGUUUCUUGGUAUUAUUUUUUCUGAAUCAUUGUGUUCGUUUUUUUUCCCUCUCUUCAUAUUUAAACUUAAAAUAACAGUUGAAGAUCAUAGUGGGGAGGGUAUUUUCCUUCUCUUUGAUCGUGAGGCAUCUUAUUUGCUUAAGAAAUCAUGUGCUGACUUGUUUACUGAGGUUCAAAGAGAUGCAAGUCUUGUAUGUGGGGAUACUUAUCCUCCCAUUUUUCAAGGGAUCAUUGGAAAGAAGUUACUGCUGAAGGUUGGUACCAAUGGUGUCCCACAUGAUACAUUUUAUGGCACUUUUCGGGUUAGGAGAAUAUGUGAUGAUCCCACCAUUAUUACCAUGUUUGAACUUCCCAAUUAUGAUGCUGAUGACGAGUCUACUCCAAAAAAGGAGCCUGAUUUACACAAAUCUGUCCUGUGUGAAAAAGGAAAUAUUGGUAUUAAAGAGGAGUCAUCAAAGACUUGUAUCAAAAGUGAAAAAGUUGCUGGGACUGAGUUUGCUGCCUUAAUUAAUGGUGAAGAUGGAAAAGAUGAGAAAACACCCACCAAUGAUACUAUUAGUGAUGAUCUUUCUGCUGAACUGGAUAUAUUGCUUAGCUCACCAGAAAAGGAAACUCAGGAGGUGCUAUCCCACGUUCUCCAUGCACGUUGCCAAUAUGGAGAAAAGCUUACUCAUGAAAAUGAUGUUGUCACCUCCAGGGGCAAGAGGAAUUUGAAUUCCCAAUUUGAAGAAGCGGCUACUGUUGCAGAUGGGCAUGGGUCCAAGGUUGCCAAGGUUAAUGGGGUGUGAUUGAAGGUGUGGAAUUGAGCUGUUGUGUGUAGGUGUAGGUAUUUUAUAUAGUAUACUUAUAAGCGUUUAAGAAGGCUUGCGAUUCCAAAUAGAUCGAAAUGUAAUCAUGCUGGCUAGAUGCUAUUUUGAUUUGACUUUUUUGGAUUGUGUUCAACAAAUAGGAUUGUUAGAUAUAGGGGUUUUCCUUUUGUGUUGGGUCCGGUUAUGUGUCAAGUAUGUCUAUUCUCAACCCCCUUUUUUUGUAAUAGUGACUUUGCUAGGGAUUGGACACAUUUUCAAUGUUGUAGCCUGUUUAGGUUACAUACUAGGAUAGGUAGUCAGAUGUUGAAAUUCUCCUUAUCAUAGGAGAGAUAGCCAUAUGUAAUUGUUCAUAUCAUUAUCAAUAUUUUCAUGAAA